UCGUUCGCUGAGUAUUCAACACAAGUUUUCCUUCUUCUCCUCCAACAACCACUUCUUCAACACCCCCCCCAAAAGCAACAUGAAGUUCGCCGCCGCCGUAGUCAUGCUUGUGUGCGCCCUGAUCGGAGCCGAGGCCUCGUGGAACGCACUCCAGAUCGCCCCUGGCGUCUCCUACGUGAACUCUGUGGCCCAUGGAGCCGGUGCGUGGGGCGGCCCAUGGAACGGUGCCUGGAACGGCGGCUGGAACGGUGCCUGGAACGGUGGCUGGAACGGCGCCUGGGGUGCACCCGCCGCCGUGGCUGUCCAUGCUGGUGCCGGUGCUCCCUGGGGUCUGACCGGUCCCGGCUGGCAUGGCGCCUCUGUGCCCGGCAUUGCCCUGGCCCAGGGACCCGGUCUUGCCGCUGGACACGGACAUGAGGGUGUCUACGUGGCCAAGACCCGUGGUGCCAUCCACACCGCCCCCCUGGCCGGACACAUCAACUCGGCCACCUCCGUGAACGUGGCCCCCGCCCCGGGAACCCUGUAAGUCAAUCGCCAUCCACCGCCGACCACCACCACGACCGACCUAUGAUGUCUCACCAACCGAUGCCAAACGGAUGUGGCGGACGGGGCGGAUGGGCCAGGAGCCAGGAGCCACCUUCGAUCUCCUCCAUCUGCUUCAGCGACCGACCUUCCACGACUCUAACCGGAUACUUCCCCCCAACUCUCUCUACACACCUAUUGUUAAGCACACACCGCUCUUAGUCCCCCCCCUUCGCCCCCGAUACGAACACGAUCCUGAUCUUGAGGCGAUCCCUCAGCAAUUUAAGUCCAACAACAAUUACAACAACUACAAGAAACCAACAAACGACAGCAUGUUAAUUUUAUUAUUUGA